GGGCGGGGCCGCGAGUGGGGCGGAGCUUCUGCUGCGCUCGCGACCCACAGACUCGCGGGGUCCCCUCCCCACGACUGGACCCAACCCUCGUUCCAUACUCUGGCUCCAGAAGGGCUGAUCCGGGAUCUCGAUGGUGUAGUCCAGCUCAGCCGAGGCCAUGGUGAAGGUAUUGGUCAGCUGGGACGCCGAUCAGGAAGAGUCCCCACCUUGCUGUGGAGCAUCAGCCACCUAAUGAUGGGCACGGAGAGGUUUGUUGAAUUGAUCCAAGUUUGGGUUUUACCAGGAGAAUGCAGUAGAAGGACAAAGAACAAGUUGGGCCACAGUUAUUCACCUGGUCUUAAGGCGGACAGGAGUUUGCGAGCACCUUCCUCCCCGAAGCUGCGCGGACGCCCUUCCUGGGAGCACAUUUCCCACGUCCUCCGGGAGCAGUGGAGGUUGCUGUCCACCCUCAGGACUGUUCAAUCAUGACUUCUAUAAAGGAGCAGGCAGCAAUUAGCAGGCUCUUAAGUUUUUUACAAGAGUGGGACAAGGCUGGCAAAGUCAAAAGGAGCCACAUCCUGGACAGUUUCAUUGAAAUCAACCAAGGCAAGACUGCCCCUGAAUUAGAGCAGGAGUUUUCCCAGGGGGCCAGCUUAUUUCUGGUACGCUUGACCACCUGGCUUAGAAUCAUCUACAUGACUGGCUCGUGCUUAGAAAAGCUUCUGAGGUCCAUCAACAUCUUCUUAUCGGCAGUGAGCAGUAAUCGGUACCUGAUAGAAUUUCUGGAGGUUGGAGGUGUCCUAACACUCUUGGAAAUCCUCGGGCUCGAGAAUGUCAAGGAAGAGGACAAGAAGGAAUCCGUCAAGCUACUCCAGGUCAUUGCAAACUCUGGCAGGAAGUUCAAGGAGCUCAUUUGCGAAAGCUAUGGUGUCCGGUCCAUAGCAGAGUUUUUGGCAAAGUCUAAGUCAGAGGAGACCCAGGAAGAAGUACAGGUGCUGUUGGAUUCUCUGGUCCACGGAAACCCCAAGUACCAGAAUCAGGUGUAUAAAGGGCUGAUCGCCUUGCUGCCCUGUGCCUCCCCCAAGGCGCAGCAGCUGUCCCUGCAGACUCUGCGGACUGCCCAGUCGGUCGUUGGAACCAUACACCCCAGCAUCGUGGACUGUGUGCUGAAGGUGCUGGGCACAAUGCACCUGGAAGUCCAGUAUGAAGCCAUCGAGCUAAUCAAGGACCUGCUGGGUUACGACGUGCGCUGGCCGCUGCUCCAGGGCCUCGUGGCUCUGCUGACACCGCCCGCCAAGGAGACCUCCAAACUGCAGCGCAAGAUCCUCACCGAUGCCUCGGUUCUGCAACUCACCGGCCACCUGCCCGUGUUUUUGCAGCAGGCUGCAGCGGCCAAGGCCAUCGGGGUCCUGGCGCGCCGCGACUUGGCCGUCGCCGAGGAGAUGCUGCACCUGCACGUGGUGCACAGGCUGAUGACCGCCAUGGGCAACAUGGACCACAGCAACAGCCAGCGGCUGGCCAGCCUCGCACUGCAGUUCUUCGUGCAGACGUUCCCGUUGGUGGAGGAGCACGUGCACCAGGCCAUGGGCGAGGAGCUCUACCAGCUCUUCGCAAGCAACGCCGAGAACUUGUACCUGAAGAUGGACAGCAUCCAGGCGGACAUCUUGGCGUCCAACAAGGUCAACAUUCCCAAAGCCCUGCGCCUCUGCGGCGUCUCCGGAAGCAACUUGAACUUGAUCCUUGGCCCCGACGAUCCGGACCACCUGGGCUGCGUCGCAGACUUCGAACGGCAGGAUGACGAAUCGCAGGAGUAACAGAGUCCUCGAGGCGGAGCAGGAAGGCCCCGGCGGGAGGACCCCGGCUCAGGGAGACCCCGCUUGGCAGCAGCGGGAGGCGAGGAGGUGGGCGCGCGGCGCGAGGGAGUGCUGCCUGCAGAGAGCUCAAUAAAGAGCCCAGAUGUC